AUGGACAAUAACAUGGAGAUCGAUACGGCGCGGUCGCCCGAACCUCACCACCUCUCCCCGACCACCGACCCGGGGUCCAUACCCACCCUCGAUGGAUGGAUCGAAAGCUUGAUGACCUGCAAGCAACUAGCGGAGGAAGAUGUCCGGAGGCUUUGUGAUCGGGCAAGAGAGGUUCUGCAGGAUGAGUCGAACGUGCAGCCCGUGAAAUGCCCAGUGACUGUGUGCGGUGACAUACACGGUCAGUUCCAUGAUCUGAUGGAGCUGUUCCGCAUUGGUGGCCCCAAUCCGGAUACAAACUACCUGUUUAUGGGUGACUACGUCGACCGUGGUUACUACUCUGUAGAGACCGUCACGCUCCUUGUCUGCCUCAAAAUCCGUUACCCCCAGCGUAUCACCAUCCUGCGAGGAAACCACGAGUCGCGCCAGAUCACGCAAGUCUACGGCUUCUACGAUGAGUGCCUGCGCAAGUACGGCAACGCUAACGUGUGGAAAUACUUCACCGACCUUUUCGACUACCUCCCCCUCACCGCACUUAUCGAGAACCAGAUCUUCUGUCUGCACGGCGGUCUGAGUCCGUCGAUUGACACCCUCGACAACAUCCGCUCUCUGGAUCGGAUUCAGGAGGUCCCGCACGAGGGUCCCAUGUGCGACCUUCUGUGGAGUGACCCCGACGACCGAUGCGGCUGGGGUAUCUCUCCCCGUGGUGCUGGAUACACAUUCGGGCAGGAUAUUUCGGAGGCAUUCAAUCACAACAAUGGCUUGACUCUGGUGGCACGGGCGCACCAGCUGGUAAUGGAGGGUUACAACUGGUCCCAGGAUAGAAAUGUGGUCACGAUUUUCUCCGGUAUGCUUGCACUGCAGGAUUUGGUUCUCGUCAUGCGUGAUUUGGCGACCAUGACUAACCACGUCUCUCUAGCUCCUAACUACUGCUACCGCUGCGGUAACCAAGCCGCAAUUAUGGAAAUUGACGAGCAUCUGAAAUAUACCUUGUAUGUGGUGACCCCACCGUUGCAAUUGGGGAAGUAG